CCAUUUUGCACAACACCAGUUCGCACCGCAUAGACCCUGAGCGGUCCCCUCUUCCCCACGAUCUAUCUUUCCGAGUGUCCCACCGGUAGGGCCCACGUUCCUCGCAAUCCAACUUACCACGUGCCCGGUUUUCGGAGAGUUCUGGCGAUGAAGGACUAGCGAGGUUGGUGCAUCGCGUAAAGGCGCGCUAUCGCAGAGCCUCAUUGCGCCCAGGCGGAUGAACAUGGCGCCGCGAAAAGGGACGCGGAGAGCCUGCGAUCCCUGCUCUGUGCGAAAGGUGCGAUGCGAUGGCAAUCAGCCUUGCGCGCGAUGUCAAACUGCGAAUUGGGACUGCACGUACCUGAAGACGCAUGGCAAAUCAGGUCCGAAGGGCCCUCGCCGCACGACUGAGGCUGCGAUCAAGAGGUUCCAGGAGCGUAGUCGCAGCGACCUAUCGCAGAGGGCGAAUAGCGACAGUGACACGAGUUUAGACGAUGGGAGCCCGACCACGAUUGAUUUCCCACUUAGCGACCAACUGCCUCCCAUCGGCGAGCCAGGCUUAGGGUGGCCGGAUGCUGCCUAUCCUCCGCCGCAAGGGUACAGAGGACCCCAAAAGAUCUCGACCAGUACCAUAUCGCCAUACCUCGACACGUACCAGGCACGUGGCUACGCAAUAUGGCCAGUCGUGGACACGGAAUCGUUACUCGCCUGUCUUCUGACCAAUCCAGACGACAUGGAAGCAUAUGCGCUUGCUACCGCAGUUUGUGCCGCGACUAUAACCCAAUUCCAGAUCGAUGCAGAGCCCGGCAGCCCAGUGGAAGGGUAUUUCCGAGUGUCAAGUGCCGUGUUCGACAGCGAGGCGAAGCGAGCCCGAGAAGAAUCUGACCAUUCGGAACAUAUCACAGUCUCGUCUCUCCUAACCGCGUUCUUUCUUCACGUCUAUGCUGCAAAUAUUGGUCGUAUGUCUACUUCGACGGUAUAUCUCGGUGAAGCCAUCACUAAGGCGCACAUGAUCGGGCUGCACAAACCUUUAUAUUAUCAGAACAUGGAGGUAGAGCGUGUUCAAUACAACGUGAGGAUAUACUGGCUGCUGUUCAUAACCGAGAGAGCUCAUUCCAUUCAAAACGAUGUGCCGACAAUGCUGAAGCGUUCUCCCGAUAUACCGCAACUCGAAGAUCUCAACGAUGGCUCCGUGACUGCAGCGUUCAUUCAUCUAUGCCGGCUCUUCAACAUUUUAGAUGCCACUCUCACCGCCGACCCUGCAGGCGCCCGUAGCGCCCUGGCACUCGCACAGCAGCAACUUGACGACGAUCAGGCGACGAGGAGUCUAGAGAAUGUGUUACAGCGUGCCGACAUAUCAAUGACACAACAGUGGAUGCGCAUCUUCCUUUGGCAACACGCCCUGAGUGUGACGAAUCUGCGAUCCUCGGAUCAAGAGGACGGCUUUUCCUUCUCCUUCCCUGCAAAAGUUGCGCAGAACGCGCUAUCGUUCUUGUGCACGCUGCCUAAAGAAAGUCUGGAAGCGCAUGGCCCCGGCAUGGAAUCCAAACUAUUCGACAUCGCAAACUCCCUUGCCGACGUCAUGAUUUGUGUUCCCUCCCUAAACCAAGACACCGGCUUCGGCAUGGGCCCGCGCGACCUCAUCCACUCUCUGUCCUCGUUGCUCGGCUCCUUCCGGGGCGGCAACCCCGCAGUCACCAGUAUUCUGCAGGAUAAGCUAACAACGCUGGGCCUCUCUAUCUCAUCGCCGCAGAAGCGGCUGACGGAUCUUUCGUCCUCGGAGGACGAGCCCGAGGACUGGAGGGAGGGCACGCCGCGGUCGCUGACGUGGAGUGAUAAUGGGGGUUGGACGUCGCCGGUUACGCCGGUAUCGCCGACUUUUCCGAAUAUCAUGUCGAUGUAAAGUAACGGUUUGUGGCUCCUGCGAAGCUUGGUCGAUGUAUAUGAAGGGACUACUGUUCUGUAUGUAUUGCUUUACGAAUUGUAUCUUGUUGUUACCUCG